CCACUUCUUCUUCUUUUCAGAAAUAAAAAAUGGAUUCCUUUUGGAGUUGUAACGUCCAAUUUGAGAAGGCUAAUGCUAUGUUUCGUUACCAGAGACGGAAAACAAUCGCAACUCUCUUUCGUCUUGUUGAGAUGAUUCUCUUUCUCGUUGCAGCUUCCAGCUUCUCCAGCCAAAUUCCGGCAACAAUUAAUGUCUCCAGCGAGUACUUCCGGCGAUUUUUUGGAACCAUUUUGUGCCCUCAGGUCAUCUUUGUGGUCGGAAAUGUAAUAGUGAUCGUUCUCUUCCUGAAAUCCGGCUUUCUUUCGAAUUCAGACAGUAAUUGUACUGAUUUUUGCAAAGAGUACGCGAGAAUAAACGAUAAAAAUGAGAGUUUUAUUGAUGAGCAGAGAAAACAGAGCAUUUUCGAGGUUAAGAUGAAUGUAAACAUGAUGAAUAGUAAAUACAAGGAAAGGAAGAUUGAAGGGGCCGAUGGAGAGAAGAGAUUAGUCAGGCAGACUACGCAAUUGAGAGGGUCAUCAUCGUCGACUGAUUAUUGCCGGAAAGUUAAGUAUCCGGAGGAUGAAAUGAGCAAUGAGGAAUUCCGGCGGACGGUGGAGGCUUUUAUUGCCAGGCAACAGAGGUUUCUCCGGGAAUAAUUCUCCGGCGGAUCUGGUCUCCGGUCGAGUCACGGCGUCAACCUCAAGCAUGAUGCAAUUCCCUGAUCUCGAUAUCUUUUUCCUUUUUUUUUUUUUUUUAUAUAUAUAUAUAUUUUUGGGGAAAUGUCUGCAUGAACGAACUCUUUAGUUUUUCCCAUAUGGAUAUGGGAUUUGUAUAUUGCUGAGAAAUUAAUGCAGUUACAUUUU